AUUGCUUUUGCCUUCAGAAGCGCGUGUCAGCGGCACAUGUGGUGCCUUUCUCGAUCGUAGAUCAAUCAUGGAACCCCCGACCCUUUUCUCAAGGGUUUCUCAAUCUUUUCGAAGAUUUUUUCAAUCCAAAACUUGCGCCGAGUUCCAUCGAUACUAAUGGCGGCAUCUGAUGGAUAUUUCCUCGAUACCAGAUGAUCCGAGCAGCCUCCCCUUGACGGGGACAUCGGCGUUCGUCGGACAGCCCCCCGCAACUCAAAAUGAUUAUUACAUCGCCAAGGGUCUCUUCCGCAUGGCCGGAAUGACAGCCAACCCGAUGACAGGCUAUCACCUCGCCGCCAAGCAGUCUUCCGACUAUGCCCACGAGACGAAGUUGCCCGGCGUUUUAGCAGGCCUCAUUUUUGUUAUCCUGGCCGUCGUCGCGCCCACGGCCGCGAGAGUAUGGCUAAGAUUGCGAAGAGGUUCAGUUAUGCAAUUCGGUUGGGAUGACUGGACCAUCAUUGCUGCAGCAAUCCUAGCUCUCGUAUUUCCAAUCGCACAACUUCAUUCCCUCGCAAUCGGCGCAGCUGCCCUCCACACGUGGGAAGUCACUUACGAGCUAUUCAACAUCGGCGUGUUAGUGGCCAUGGUCUGCAAGACAACAUUCUUCGUUGCCGUAGGCAUGAUUAAGCUCUCCAUAGCAAUAUUCAUGAGAAGACUGGCCGACCGGCUCCCGAGAUGGUGGCGAAUCGCAUGCGAUUUAUUCAUCGGAUCGACCAUCGCAUACAUCUUGCUCGCAAUAUUCCUCAACAUCUUUACAUGCAAUCCGCCGGCAGCACAAUGGGACCUGGCGAUCCGGGGUAGACGAGAGUCUGCUCCUUCGUGUAUCAACAUGGACGUUCAGUCAAAGAUUCUGACCGGCUUCCAUGUGGCACAGGGGCUCACCUUGCUGCUUGCGCCCGCUAUGAUCUUGUUGAAGAUUCGCAUGCAAAUGGCGAAGAAGAUCCGACUGUUCGCGAUCUGGAUGAUCGGUGGUUUGGCAGUGUUGAGUGGCUUACUGCAUCAGAUCCUUCCUGCGCCCACCAACGACUUCACUUGGGAUUACACAGAAGCUCUGAUAUGGGCAUGCUUGGAUCUAUCACUGGGUGUUGUGACGGCUUCACUGCCAGUGCUGGACAGCUUGAUGGAAGAAUACUGGAGAAGGGCCAGAACCACCAUGGUCAACACAUACGGCGGAAGCAAGUCAUCACGAUCACGAACGAGCGAAGACAGCGCCUGGCCAUACACCAAGACUGCGGGCACAGACAAAAGUAGGAAACAGGCAGCAAGACCACCCAUUUCCAACAUCACGAUGCCCAUGGAACGCUCAGAGUCUAGAGAAAGCAUCGUCAAGAAGGAGGAGUACCACGAAACUAAGGUUGGGGCGAUUGAGAUGGGUAUUUUGUGCACUCAGGAAAUUGAAGUGCAUGUCUCUGAUGCCGAAGAUGUAGAAAAGGGGCGGGCAGAAAGUCGAGGGCCAAGAUCACCGUCGCCGUUUUACCAUAAUAGGCCUGAAUGGCACGACAACUCUCAUAAGUUUUGAUAGAAAUGCAACAUUAAGUUUUGCCAAAUUUG